AUGAGUCGAUUUAAUAGAUUGUUUCAGGACAACCUCACCAUCUUGGAUAAAUUACCAAAAUAGAUUAUUUUUUUUUAUUCAUUUCAUAAUCAACUAGAAGUAAAAUAUAAUUUUGAAUUUAGUGGAAAAACUGAAAUUAAUUAACCUUUAGAAAAUAAUGAAAAAAUUGUUUAGAUAAAUGCCAAAUUAAAUAAAUUAACUGUUUUAAUUAGUAAUGAAUAUUGUAGUAUUUGA